AUAAACCUUUCUUCCCCUUCCUCUCUUUCUCUUCUCUCUCUCUCUCUCUCUCUCCUCUUCGUCUUUCUCUCUCUAAAACCCCAUCAACCAGAACCAACAACAAUUUCAACAAACCCCCUUUCUCUCCCGUUCUGAUUCUUCAUCUUCUUCUUCUUCCUCCAUUUUCCCAUCUUGGGUUCAAAUCCUUUCUGGUUUGGGGCCAUUUCCUUCAAUCUCUAUCUAUUUUCUCUGUUUCCAUGUGAGCUUGUGUUAGGUGGAAUUAAUGGGGAAGUACAUGAGGAAAACCAAGUCAAUAGGUGAAGUUGCAGUCAUGGAGCUUUCCCAGUCUUCUCUUGGGGUUUUGACUAGGGCUAAGACUCUGGCGUUACGUCGCCUCCAGCAAUCUCCCACGCCCUCGCCGUCUCCGGCGUCUCCGGUUCCUUCUGGUUCUUAUCUUCAGCUUAGGAGCCGUAGGCUUGAGAAGCCACCGGUUGUAUUUUCCGCCCAUGAACCGAAGAGGCAGAAGCAAAGCCCUAAAGAGGGUUGCACGAGAAACCCUAGUCCUAGGGUCUGUUCUAGUUUGAGGUCGGCCAUGCCGGAAAGGUCGCUCUCGCUUGGCCGUGUAAAUGAAGAGGGGGAUCACACGGCGGAGGAGGCGGCGGAGAAAUCCGUUGGGAAAUUUGACGAAAUUCAUGCGAGUGAAAGUAAAAAUGAGAAUAUUGAUUUGGUCAUUGAAGAGGCAUCGUUUGGGGAAAAUAUUUUGGAUUUUGAGAGUAGAGAGAGGAGUACUAGGGAAUCUACUCCCUCCAGUUUGAUAAGGAAUCCUGAUAUCAUCAGAACACCCAGUUCUACUACCAGGCCGACAACCAGUGCGAUCGAAACUAACCAUAGAAACCCUUGCUCAUCUAAUCGACACAUACCUACAGCUCGUGAAAUGGAUGAGUUUUUUGCUCUUGCUGAAGAAAAGCAGCAGCGAAACUUCAUUCAGAAGUACAACUUUGAUCCUGUGAAAGAUACGCCGCUUCCAGGCCGCUACGAAUGGGAGAAGUUGCAACCAUAGAAGAUUAUAGCGUGUCGUUCCAUCAGGACUUCUUUCCUGCUUAUUUUCAACAGAUUUCGGGCUUAGGUUUUCAAAAGUAGCAGGAAUGAAUUAGUCUAACCUUAAAAGGGUGAUGGUGGUAUUUCCUUUUUUCCAUCAUCCUUAACUUGUAAAGGAGUAGUAAGACCUCUCAAAACCCAGAGAAAAAAAAAAUGCUAAAAAGAAGUGUAGACUAAUGUUCUGUAACAUAACAGAGGUUAUGAUUUACACACUAAAUACCCAUCAAAGUUAGGGGAAGGAAAGAGGGUCUGCAGUUUAGAUGUAGGGUUAGUAGUUAGUUCAGGCAACUAGGAAACUGUGGUACAGAUAAUUUACUUAGGAUAUUUUUCUUCUCUUCCCCACUUUGUAGUAAUGUACUCUCCACUCCUCUUCUUUGUCUAUACUUGUACUGAUGGAACUUCAAAUCAACAACCUGUGCAAUAAAAACUAACCCUUUGUGUCUCUCUGCA